AUGCCACGCAUUUUCCCGUGGCUGCACCAGAAUGCCGGGUCCGUCGGAGCGAGCUCGGCCUCGCCAACCACUACCAUCUCCGCCGGUCAGCGCCCCGCCACCGAUGACCGAGCCGUGCAGAUGAAGUUCAAGUCUCUCGGCGACCGCUGGCUGAUGCGUGUACUGCCAACUGAUACGAUCGGUCAUGUCAAGGAAUGCGUCCGAAACUUACCGGGGCGACCCAACGCGCCGAUGAUGCUCAUCUACGAAGGGCAGGCGCUUCAAAACGACGCUGAGAUGUUCGGUGGUUGUGGCUACAAGGAAGACACUGCUGUGGUCGUCGUUUUCAUGAAGGAAAGAGAUGUGCCGGUCCAACUGCAUGUGUCAUCGGCCAAUCCUUCGUCUACCGACCACCGACCGUCUCGCCCUGCUUCGCACGACAUCACCGAGCCAUUUGAACCAGUAAGCCUUCGGGUUCUGGAAAGU